AUUACUUAGCGAUUAAUAGAAAGAAGCAAUAAAACUUAUUAUAAUUCCUGGUUGCUGUAUGUGGAAAUAACAUUUGCAAAAUGGUAUUAAAAUAUGAAACUAUAGAGGGUAAAAGUGGUCAAAUUUUAAACGAAAAAUUCACUUCGAUAUUUCGAACAGGAUAUGUGACUGCUAAAAACACAACAAUGCCAGAAUAUUUUAAGAAAUUUGGUGAUCGUAUUCUAAAUAUGAAUGUUUACGAUAGUGAUAUUUGGGUAUGCAGUUUUCCUAAAACUGGAACAACAUGGACUCAAGAAAUGGUUUGGUGCAUUGCAAAUAACUUAGAUUUUACAGGAGCCCAAGAGUACUUAGACGCAAGAUUUCCAUUUUUGGAGCAUUCACCUUUAUUUGAUUAUUCUGAAGCACUCAAAAUAAAUCCUGAAAUGUCAUCUGUAAUUCCAAAGUAUGCAGUGGAAUCUCUUUCAUUCAUUGAAGAUCUUAAACAGCCCAGAUUUAUUAAAAGCCAUUUACCAUGGAACUUGUUACCAGAACAAAUACAAACGGGUGCAAAAAAACCAAAGGUGAUUUAUGUAACCAGAAAUCCAAAGGAUACAUGUGUUUCAUAUUAUCAUCAUUGUUGUUUAAUGGAAGGCUACAAAGGAAAUUUCGAAGAAUUUUUCUCACUAUUUAUCGAUAAUAAACUAUGCUUCGCACCUUUUUUUGAUAACGUACUUGGAUUUUGGAAGCAUCGCAACGAUGAAAAUGUGUUGUUUUUGCGUUUUGAAGAUCUUAAAAAGAAUUUAGAUUCGGUUAUUCGUCGAGUGAGUAAAUUUCUUGAUAAAAAUUUAAGUGAAGAGGACAUAGAGAAAUUAAAAAAACAUUUAAGCUUCGAAUCGAUGAAAAAUAAUAAAGCUGUCAAUUAUGAACAUGUUAUUGCAUUUAAUAAACGUUUUAAUUUAAUUGAUGCACAAGGAAAAUUUAUGAGAUCAGGUCAGGUAGGUGAUCAUAAAGCAGUUAUGACCGAAGAAAUGGAAUUGAUUUUUGAUACAUGGGUUAAAGAUAAUUUACGUGAUACUGAUUUUAAAUUUUAAAAGGUCUCUAAAUAAGAUUUAAAUAGUAUAGAUUAAAAAACAGAAUGAUAUAACAUUUUGUGAAU